GUUUGUCUGAAGACAGCAGAGCUGCAGUGGAGACAAGUCUCUCUGUUUGUCUCUGAAGACAAAUUCAACUGAAUCCAUCAGGUUUUUCUCAACUAAACAGCAGAAUCUCUGCCAACCUCUGGGGACAGAGGAACUCCUGGACCACCUGGACCAGCAAUAAUGUGUGGACAAGAUCGCCUUGAUUCUGCUAUCCGGGAGACUGAACACUUAAAGAAGAGCUUUGCUAAGUUAGAGCUCGCUAUAAACUAUGACUUUGUCCGAAGAGUUGGUCAGAAAUACUUUGUGUCCUACAAGGAGAGACACUCGUUCUCCAGGGCCGUCGAGUUCUGCUCCCAACAAGGUUUAGAUCUGGCUUUGCCCCAGAACGAGGAGGAGAACAUUGCACUGACUCAGUUCUUUGGGGACGUUAACAAAGAAGCCUGGAUCAACGUCAAUAAUAAAAAAGCAGAGGGGAACUUUGAGGCAGAUAUGAAUAACCGACCUCUGACCUUCACCAAAUGGGGAGAAGGGCAGCCAGACAAAUCCAUUGAGGCUACAGGCUGCACCAUGCUGUCAGAAAAUGGCGUCUGGCGAGUGACACACGAGUGCUUCCUGAAUGCUUACAUUAUUUGUCAGUUAUAGAGAGUUCUUGUACCCUACAGAAGAUUAGGGCCACAUGUGAACA